AUGAAGAAUGAAUUUUUGACUUUUGGUUUUUGUCAUCUCAUUAUUACGAUACGCACAGCAUUAAUCAAUAGCCCGAAACGCACUGAAUACCAUACUUAAAAUUCACAUGUAAUAUUACACGCGCUAUUCUCGCUACAGCGAUUGUAGAAUACCUGUACGUUGUGUUGUAGUGAAGAAAUAAAUUAUCUGGCGAAUUAACAUAGAUUCAAUUAUUACAAUGGACAUGAUGUCGUCAACUCCCACAAUAACAGAAAUGGCGUGUUUCUUUUAAAAUGUGAGCUUAAUCUUCGGUGUUGGCCAUGGUUCAGCAAAUCAGAACGGAACACUAAAUUUUGAAUAGGUGGAAAAUAUAUAUUUGGCCGACGGAGAAGAUGGCGUAAUUGUAUCAGAUUUUGUCGACUGACGUCUUGCGCAAAAUGGGAAAGAUUCGGUCGUUUACUAUCGUGUUGGAUAAUUCUCAUCCGGUGUACAGAAGCGGUGAGUACGUGAAAGGAAGGGUGGUAACAAACCUCAAGGAGCCAUGUCAUCUUGAACUUGUCCAAGUGGUUUUGAUUGGUAAAGCUAAGGUGUGGUGGCAGGAGUCAGGAUCGGUUAGAACCGCAAGACACUUCGGCAAUGAGAUAACGUACGUGAAUUUACGGCAGGUUCUCUGGGGAGGCCAAUUCGCAAGUCAGAAGUUACCGGGUGGAGACGCCGUGAUGCGAUUCACAUUCCAACUUCCACAAAGUCAGCUGCCAACAUCUUUUGAGUCUAAAUUCGGCUUCAUCAGAUAUUACAUAGAGGCUACCGUAGAUCCCGGACGUCACUGGUUGAAUAAGAUAUGUAGGAAAGUGUUCACUGUUAUAGAUGACAUCGAUGUUAACGCACCUUGCUACUUAAGCCCUUCGAUGACAACUAAGGGACUCCAGAUCGGUUGCUGUUGGGUAUGUAAAAGUGAAUUUACGGCAUCGUUCGAGAUCAACCGCAGAGCAUAUUGUCCAGGAGAAUUCGUUAGGUUCUCUGCAGAAAUCAACAAUCGUUCCCCUGACCUAAUGGAGAUCGUUGUCAGACUUUACCAGCAAACGACACUCUCAGAUACCGGCAACCAGACUAACGGCACUAGGACCGAACACAAACUUGGUCCAAAAACUGUUUGGAAACAUAAGUUGAAUAGCGUGUUAGCGUUCACUACAGAACAUUGGGACGAUAUACGGGUACGAAUGCCUAUGGUACCCCCGACAAUGUCAGCCUGCCCCUUAAUAAGAGUGGAGUACUUUAUCGAGCUUGUUGUUAAAGAUGAAUGUAGUUCGGCGACUCUUCCUUUACCCGUUGUCAUAGGAACUAUACCGCGUAGCUGUUACUUGAGUAGUCUACAGACACCUAGUAGUAGUACUACUACUACUACUACUAGACCUAGUCUGCGAGGCCGUCGUCCAGUUCGGACCCGAGGAGUAUCGGAAGCUACGCGAUUGUUCGAUCCUGGUGCCGAUUCGCCACCUCCAUAUGAAGCUCCACCGCCGAGUUACGAGCAAUGUGUGUUUGGUCUUAACGUUUCUGACAACGAAAUGGACGAAUCGAUUAUGAACGAAGACGAUGCAACUUACAUACCGAUGUACACUUAUUCAGAACAUUCAAACUUAUACGUAGAACUACCGGAUACAUGAAAACCAAUCGUUGUUCUUAUUAUUUUUAUUAUUGGCCUAAACAAAUUCCAAACAGACACAGAAGUACUUUCUUCUUAUGAUGAUAGAGGAGGAAAUCCGGAUAACAAUUUUCCAUCAAAAGCAUCGUAUAUCGGACACAAUGUGAAUUUUAUGCAAGCUAGCUGCCCUUUCCAGAUUGCGUGGAAAAAAUUUACUGUGUGACCGUCAUCAUAAUGGCGCGCAAUUAAUUGAUUUUCUACGGUUCCCGAACGAGAGUUUGAACCAAGUAGACAGUGGCUUAUUGUACGUCUUAAUUUACUCAUUAAUCUCUUUUUUUUUUCAAAUGUCUUAUGUUUUAGUUGUUCCACGCCAGCAGAUCAGAUUGUAGAUAACAAUUAUAUAGGUCUAUAUGCAUACAUAUGUACAAGAAAACUGUACCAUUAAAAUCUCUUUUACAUAUUAUAACAAAGCAUGUAGUCAACGUAUUAUCAGACAGCAGAAAUUAUAAAACGCAGUGAAAUAUACCCAUGCUUUUCGUGCAACGCAUGAGAACACAUUCAAACGCAAAUUGCGUCAACCGUAUGGUAUAAGUGAUAAUACGUCAAGUUUAUUAGUUUUAUUGCACUGGAGUACUAUCGAGUCGUAAAAUAUACUCCAAUAUGCUUUUUUAUACAGAAUCUGUCUCUGGUUUUCUCAAAUGUAAAUAUAUAGGAAUAAAUAUAAUUAUAAAGAAUUUGAAUUAUCAUUACGAGUUCCUCAUAUUAUAGGCUUAUCUGAAGUUAAUGUUAGUUUAAUUAAAAAUGUGUUUUCGAUUUUAAACUAGUGACUCUUAUUUAUCUGUCACAAAUGUUUAAAGAAUACAAACACAGGAAAUAAACAAUUACAACAUUAUGUAGUAGUAUCUAUUUCUUUAUUAAUUAAUUAGUGAUCGAUCCAACAAAGGCGAUCAGUUAACCCUUGACCGUCAAGCUCUUUAAUAAAGUCUACGAAGUUUGGGAAGUUGGUUUCAGGACUGUGGGAUAAGGAGGAGGCAAGGUUCUCAACCACCAAUCCACAACCCCACUCAAAAUACAUUAGAAUUAUUAUUUAAUAACCAAUAUGAAUCACUAUUGUGUAUUUCAUAUUAUAUAAAUAUAUUAAAAUAUAUUUAAUAUUAUUAAUAUGAACAUCUUUAAUAUAAAUUGGUGUGUACUGUAGUCACGCGAAUAAGCGCCCGGGCGCUUAAUAUAUUUUUAGCACUUUUUUAUGGGUGCUUAUUCAAACGGGGAGCUUAUGUAAACAGGGUGGAAAUGGGAGGGGCGUUUAUGGAAAUUGAUGAAAAUUGAGGGGUGCUUAUGGCGCUUUUUAAAUGAAAAAAAGAUUAUAUAAUUAUAAGGACAUCUUGAAACCAAAGAUAAAUGAAUGGUUCGGGUGUAGAAAAGAUAAUUGUUCAGAGUGCAUGGCUCAUGGCCCACCGUCCCAGGAUUGAUUGGAUUAUUGAAUUGCUAAAAAAAAACAAAACAUGAUAUUGUUUUAAUAAUGAAUAAAAACAUUCAAAAUGUUUACAUGAGAGAGUGUUGAAGUCAGUUUAUUUUUGUUGACUGAAAAAAAAAAAACUCUGUAUAUACCAUACAGUAUUUUAACUUGUAGAUUUUAAACAGGCAUGCUGGACUUUGAGAGGGCGCUUAUUCAAACCGGGCGCUUAAGAAAAUGUUCGUCUUAGGAGGGCCCUAAUUCAAACGAGGCGCUUAUUCACACGAGUACGGUACAUACUAUUGAUACACAUAUUUAUUAAUAGUUGCUAUUAUCAAUACAAUAUAUUUAUAUAAUAUAAGUAUUACUGUAUAUUACAAUAUUUAUCAAUUGAAUCUUACUAUAUUAUAAUAUAU